AUGACUGACUCCGACGCGGUAGCAGCGCAUUCACACCAGUACAACGUCUCCUUCUCCCACGACAACACAUUUGUACAGUACCACGACAUCGAUAACAAUAUUACGUGGGCCGAACCAGUUGACGAUCACGAUCACGAUCACGAUCAAUUUGUCCCCGAUUCUGCUCCCCUGCUCAUCGCACUCCCUCAACCUCCGCGCAAACAUGUCAAGCGACGAUCGGUCGGCACUCCGAUAACCUCCAUAACUACUACAACCCCUCCUCUUUCGAGCGUUCUGAGGGCAGACAUCACCCCGAUCAUCCCGGCUCCCCUGCGCAUUCGCCGUCCGAAACAUCUUUCCUCCACAAUGCCCCCAUCCCCAGCUCGACAGGUUAGACUGCUGAUCGCUUCGAUCGGUAACCCUCCCCCAUACCACACCACACGACACUCCGCUGGACACCUCGUCCUCAAGAGCUUAUCCACACACCUGUCCUUACCACCCUUAUCACGGAGCAAAGUUUUGGGGUCGGGCAGCGUCAGUCUAGGUUCUGAUCGGGACAUACCAGAAUACACACUUUGGCAGAGCGCAAGCCUGAUGAACGUCUCGGGAACGGGGACACUCAGAGCAUGGAAACAGUUCACCAGUCUAAGCGCAGACGGCGGCUCCUCCCAAGACACCCCGACUGCCCUAGUGAUAUUGCACGACGAACUUGAAUCGUCAAUUGGAACCAUCAAGCUUCGGCGCGGCGAGACGAGUGCCAAGGGUCACAACGGGAUCAAAUCAAUACAAGCCUCUUUCAAGUCCGCGGGUUUAUUGCCGUCCAUGGGCGACCGAUUCAUCAAGCUCGGCAUAGGGAUCGGACGGCCUCAGUCCCGUGAGAAAGACGAUGUGAGUGCUUGGGUCUUGGGCCAGUUGACCAGCGUUGAAAAAGCCAAGGUCGAAGCUGCGGCUGAAAGUGUGACUGCUGUUUUGAAAAGUGAGGUUUCGAGGCUAGAAAGGCUGUGA